UAAGAAGAUGUUGAUGUUCACAUUUUUUAGGCAAAAAAAGCAUAGAAGUUUCAUAGAAAAUAUUCACUUGUGUAGGUAUUUUUGUUUUAUGGCGGAAAAUAAUGCAUAUCAGAUGGAUCCGGGUCCACUCGACUCGUCCGUAUUGAAUGAACAACUCACCCAUAGGUCACGGGAUAUAUGGGAUGGAAAGGAUAAUGUGAUUUUGAAUACAAGGAGAUGUGAUGGAAAUUUUUGGGACUUCGUAAAGGAACAUCCAAUUGAUACACGAGUCUUGGAAGUGAUUAGACUAUCGGGAUUGUACGGUGUUUAUAGAUCUCAUCGACCUACUAUUGAUCGUAGUUUGAUUACUUCAUUAGUUGAAAGAUGGCGUCCUGAAACUCAUACGUUCCACUUUAGGACGGGAGAAGCGACAAUCACCUUGCAAGACGUAGAGGUGUUGUAUGGCUUACCCGUGAAUGGUGAUCCAGUACUUGGGAAUGAGUUGGCGAGGAGCACAGAGGAUUGGAAAGACAUUUGUCAAAGAUUAUUAGGUUUUAGCCCACUUCCUGGAGACUUUAAAAAAAAUAGCCUCAAGGUAUCUGUACUUAAUCAACACAUGCUACGUCAUCCAAAAUUACUUGACACGGCAACACAAGAUAUGGUCAAUCAGAAGGCUAGAUGUUAUAUGUUUUGGAUGAUUGCUGGUAUGAUGAUGGCGGAUACAUCUGGAAGUAAUUUGAAGCUUAUGUACUUACCUAUGCUCGAGGACGUCAACACAAUAGGAUCUUACAUUGGGGUAGUGCGACCUAGCGUGCUUCCUUCCGAUUAUUGUCGUGUUGGACGAAAUAUAUGGCGUGCUAGAGUCACAAUAUUUUGUUGGGAUGUUGUCGAGGUUCACUUGCCUGAUCGAGUUAUGAGGCAAUUUGGAAUGAUACAGGAGAUACCACUAACUCCGUUUCCAUUUGAUCCCACACAUUUUAACCACGAUCGUCGGGGAAGGCCAAAUACAAAUUGGGAAUUGGAGCAUGCACAAUGGUUGCCAUUUUGGCACCAACGACUUCGAUACGUUAUUAAUGCACCGGUCAAUCAUGAACCACUUCGGUACGAUGACCCCUACCUUGUUUGGUUUAGACGCAUUACUCGUCUUGUUAUUGGUAAUCCUACUUCGCGUCCUCAGCGGCAACAAGGUUAUGUGCCUAAUGCAACGGCUUAUGAAGCAAUGGUGCGUUAUAUUCAUUCAGUGGUUGAUAAAGCAAAAUCACUCGGUGAUCAGCCAUUAUUUGAGGAAUUUUAUAUGUUUCGUGCAAUGGUGCGGAGUGAAGGUGAAAAGUGCUUGACAUAUGUGCACGAGGCGAGGAAAAGGUGGUGUUCUUUGGUAGGAGGGAACGUGCUAUUAAGAGAGGUCAAGUGUCUAUUGAAAUGGAUGAAAUGCAUCAGGAAGAUGCCCAAGCAUCCGGAAGAUGAUCCAGCAACAACAAAUUGUAAUAUUGGUUCCACUUCAAGGGGCGACACUCACGAAUUCACUCAGGCAUCAGGUAUGACAUAUCAACCAACAACUACUCAGAUUGUGCCAUACAUGACGCCACAAACUCCACAAUAUUCAAGAGAUCCAAGUCUUUCGUCUUUUGAGAACAUAUUUGUUGAGAAUGGUCCUGUUUUCAACUCAUCUUUCUAUGGUGCAAAGAAGUUUUAA